AUGAAUACGAAUACUUUAAAGAACCAUGGCCAAUUGGAUGACUUAAUCAGGCUAAAGCAAAAGAACAUAAAUAGGUUGGAAAUGAAUGGGUAUCAUAACAAAUAAAUACGUCUACUUGAGAUUAGUUUCAUGGUUCAGAGACUCACACGGUCUUUUUGAUUACGAUUCAGCUAGAUACGCUGAAAGUGAUAUUUUUAUCCAAAACUCAUUAUUUAUCAACCGAGAUGGAAAUGAUGGCAUCCAACUUUCACAAUUUAACAUCGAGAGUGGGGCUGAGGAUACGUUCAGGUCUGAGUAUGAAAAUAGCAAGUGUCUUGCUAGUAUUUCUCAGAUAAAUGGCGAUUAUUACCUCUACCAUAAAUCAGAUAAUAUAACAUCUAAUAAAGAAAAACUCUGGUGGGUCAUCAAGAGCUUCCAAAUCAACAAGUAUGGGUACAGGGGGCAUAAGCUAAAAUAAGGGUGACAAGAUCAGGUUUGGAAGGCUAGUUUAUAACGUCAGAGAUCUUUCUACAGACCCGAGUAAUGAGAGAGAUGCGCAUAAUAAGAAUAUUAUUCGAGAGAAUCAAGUGCAGGUGAAUAAUCCUUAUGCUCAAGAUAUAUUAGGCAAUACUGAGAUUGAGCUAGAACUUCAUCAAGUCCAAGGAGAUAGGGCAGCUCAGGUUGUCCAAAAUUUGAAUCCGAAUCGGGAAGGACUACUAGAAGAGUCUGUUAACUCUCCUCGUCUUGUGCAUCAUGAUACUGAGGUACCUCAAAAUUUAGUAACCUCAGUUGCUAAUCAUGAGCUAAGAUCUCAUCGGUUACAAUUAAACACAGAAAAUCGAGAAGAUUUGGAAGGUCUGAACGGGCAGGAUAAUGCUAAUGUAAACAAUUAUUUUGAAAAUUUGUCAACUGAAAGGGGAAAUGACAUGAUGAAUAAUGUAUCAUUUGCUAAUAACAAUGGGUUUAUGAAUAACUCAAACUCCUAUCUAUUAAACAACUCUUUGGACCAGAAACUACCUCAUCAGAGGCAGGGAUCAAACAGGAGUCUUAGAAAGGUCCCUUCUGACAAAUCCUCUUCAGUGAAAUCUCUCAGUUGUGUCUGAAAGAUCUGUCUAUCAGAAGAGGAGGAUAACCAUGAAGAUCCUCUGAUCUCUCCUUGCAAAUGUAUCGGUACUGUCAAGUACAUGCAUGUAAGCUGCCUGAAAGAAUGGAUUAAGUCUAAGUGCAAGAUCUCUGAGAAGGAAAACUGCAAGACUUACAUAUGGGAAAAUCUCUUUUGAGAGCUUUGUAAAGUCAAAUACCCAGAUUAUGUCAUGAAAAAGAAACGGUAUCCCUUGGUAGAAUUUGAAAUCCCCUUUGAAGAUCAGUAUUGUCUCCUCGAAAGUUUCCAAAGACAUGAAGAUAAGCGGAUAAGAGUCCUACAUGUACUGAAGAUGAGCAAAAAUAUGAAAAAAAUCUGCAUAGGCAGAGCUAAUAAAUGCGAAGCCAGAAUUGUGGACAUUAGCGUCUCGAGGCUCCAUUCUGAGAUUAGGUAUGAAAAAGAUGGCUUUUGGAUAGUAGAUAGCAACUCGAAAUUUGGAACCCUGCUAGGAAGUAACAAACCUUCCUUUUUAAGAGUUAACCAACCACAGUAUGUCCAGGUAGGAAGGAGUUUACUAAUCGCAAUGGUCGAGAAACCUUGGUGAAAAUGAUGUAUCAGCUGUAUGGUACCUGGCGAUAUAGAACAAGGAGCAGAUUUUUCGAUCUUACAGGAUAAAUUCCCUAAACAAUGUCGAGAUAUUUAUCAGGAGUCGCUAGAAAAUUUGAUUCCAGUUACAGAGAAAAUUAGGAAAAACAACAAGAAUGGUCCAGAACAGAAGGAAAAUUCCAAGAUUAUUCCUGUAAAUGAGUUGCAAGAGAAUAAAGAUUCAACAAAAAUCAAGCGUGAGGCGAUUACAACAGAAGGAAAUCUGAAUAACACUCCAAGGACUGGAAUGACCAAUGCUCAGAUCUCCUCUCAAGAUUCUUCAGACUUCAGAGCUAAGAAGUCUCGGAAUAGGACUAGAUAUGAUCUCACCAAGCCAAUCAUAGAGCAUGAGGAGGAAGCUAAGGGAACUAUCGACUUCAAGAAUCGGAACCAAUUGAGAGAAGAGAGUAAGAGUCGCGCCUUUGCUUCUUAUAAAGAAAACUAUCGGGAUCCUCUUAAUGAAUCAGACCAGCCAUUUCUCCGUAACGAAGUGAACGAAGAGUUUAAGAUGAUAAGAGAGGGAAAUGAUAGCAUUGAAAAUGCUAUCAGAAUGAUCAGCCAAGCUGACAAUCAGCAUAUGAAAGCUAUUCAGAGUGUAGAGAAUAAGUCUUCAGAUGAGGAAGAGAAGAAAAUGCCUUCGAAAAGAGGCAGUGAAGGACUUAGAGUAAGGAAAAGGAGCAUUUCUGCUCAGGAACCUACCAGAACCCAGAACCAAGAAGAGUCUCGAAGUGCAAGGAUUGAUGUAUCUUUAAAGAACAAUCUUCAAUCUAAAAGGGGAACUGCUUUUGAAAGACCAUUUAAUGCUGAACCUCUCAUCAUUGAGAAUCAACAGGAAAUAGAAGAGCUAAUUAAUGAUUUCUCGCAAGACCUAGAGAGAAGAGAGGAGGCUGACUAAUUUUUGUUGAAUAUCAAUUUAUAUACCUUCUUAAG